AUGAAGCUGGCAGCUGUUUAUGUUUUGCUAUACGGGAUAGGCCUCGCUGCCUGUUCCUUUAGUCUGGAUAUUGUUGGAGGGCAGAGCAGUCUCUCACCGACGACCUCGGACGCUUGCCGCUCGGCUUUUCUCGCGCCGAUUGAUUGCGAGGAGACGCUCCUCCAGCUAGCCUCGUCUGGACUCUUCCUGUUCAGCGAACGGGAUCCCCUGGAGCUCACAUGCACAGACACCUGCAAGGCGGCGCUCGAUAAGUAUGUUAAAAACGUCAAAAGCGCCUGCACAGCCCCUGGAGAUCGAGCGUUGCUCAAGGAUAAGGCGGUUGGUGUUCCUCAACCGCCUGUUGAGGUAGUGGGCGAGAUAUUUCGGUACAUCUUUGCGUGGGGAUGUGCAAAAGACGGCAAGAAAUGGUGUUAUAAAACGUAUGGAUAUGGACACCCGUACUACGCCAAGUCGGAUUUUCCUUGCACGGCAGUAUGUCCAGUCAAGGCCAUGGAAGCAGCCCACGAAUAUCCAGGCUCGGACUUUCUGUUCAAGAGCCACAGGCUCAGCAUGCAGUCACCUUGGUGGAGAAAUCUGUAUGCUGAUGGAUGGAAAACAGCACUUAAAUGCCGUGGCGGGGGGCUGUCCUCGGUUGACGACAGCGGAGCACAGAUUGCUAUUGGCAGCUCGCCGGUUAAUACGCGCGGGUCUUAA